GUUGAGAUGUUGGCUGAGGAUCUCAUGCCGUUAGCACCCAUGAUGGCUGCUGAAAUACUUAAUGAAGGACUGACAGCAAAGGUAUCCAAUUUAAGCUGUGUUUUUCUUUACCAGUUUCUCGCUUGCAUUGCAUAUAGCAAAAUACAUCUGAAUGCACAGAAAGAAUUGUAUGCCAUUUGUGUGUAUGUGUAAGCUGUUGGCUUGUCGCUACGCAGGCCAAACCUGAGGAGCUGGAGAUGCCCACCCUGCCGCUGCUGCUGGCCCCGCUGAGCGAUAACCUGAUAGAUUUCUCAGACCCAACCCCAGUAGUAAGUCUCUAGACCCCCAUCUGCCAUAAAAUAACCCUCACUGUCUCGUGUUUUAGCUACUGUAGCUGAAUGCUGUUGUCCACAACAGUCAAGGCUUAAUAAUAAACCAGUGUCCUAGACUUAAAAUGUCUAUCACAAUAGGCCUACAGUAUGUUGACAGAUGUGAUGCUUUGAGUGUAACUCUUGAAUGUGAAUCUCUUGUAGUUACCACCACCACCACCAGUGCAACCUAAGCCCAUGAUAUCACCUCGCUGGAUCGUCCCUGCUGCUGCAGUGAGUACUGGUGUCCUCUGGGCUUUAGUGCUCCUGUCUGUCUUUAGUCUGCCUGUUUGUCCAUGAUGGACUGUCCUCUGGGCCUAAGUCUCUUUUAGUCUGUCUCUAGACAGUCUAUGUCAGUCUGUCCAUAGUCCAUCCCUCAUGUAGUUACAUCAUGUAGAGACUGACCCAGUCCACUUUCCUUCUCCUCCCAUUCUAAUGCAGCCGCCCACUGCCAUCUUUACUAACGGCCUCCUUGACCCUUCUGCAAAGACUGCCACCCCUCUCCAACCUGAAGGGGGGGCUCUUGCCCCAGCUCUGCACCCCCAUCUCUUCUCUCAAACUCACAAUGUGAUUGCCACAAGGUAA